CAACAAGAUGUCAGAUAUCCAAAAGAACACCGAAGAGCUUGAUAAAAUCAGCAUUUCAGCUUACGGGAAGGCCCGAGCCUCCGUUAACGAAAACCCUCUUAGCAAUGAAGAAGUACAAAAAAUCGACGAGUAUUUCCAUGCGACUCUAUACCUUUGCUUGGGAAUGAUAUAUCUGAGGGAGAAUCCGCUUCUUCGCGAGCCUCUCAAGAUUGAACACAUCAAACGCCGACUGCUGGGUCAUUGGGGCUCUGAUGCCGGUCAGAGCUUUGCGUAUAUUCACAUGAACCGAUUGAUCAAAAAGUACGAUCUUGAUGCUUUCUUCAUCUCGGGGCCAGGCCACGGCGCGCCCGCAAUCCUGUCAAACUCUUACCUGGAAGGCGUUUACUCUGAGGUUUACCCAAACAAGAGCGAGGAUUCGGAUGGGAUGAGACGCUUUUUUAAAGAAUUCUCUUUCCCCGGUGGAAUUGGAUCGCAUGCCACUCCAGAGACUCCAGGAUCAAUCCAUGAAGGCGGGGAGCUUGGAUAUUCCAUCUCUCAUGCUUUUGGCGCGGUCUUCGACUAUCCCAAUCUAAUCGCCGUGACGAUGGUCGGCGAUGGAGAAGCUGAGACAGGUCCCCUUGCAACAAGUUGGCACUCUAACAAAUUUCUGAAUCCUAAAACAGAUGGCGCCGUUCUUCCUAUUCUUCACCUUAACGGCUAUAAGAUCAACAAUCCAACAUUACUCUCGCGCAUCAGCCAUAAAGAGUUGGAGGCUCUGUUCGUCGGAUACGGAUGGACACCUUAUUUCGUCGAGGGGAGUGAUCAGCCUAGCAUGCACCAGGCCAUGGCAAGCACCAUGGAGCGCUGUAUUACAGAGAUCAGAGACAUCCAAAAGAAAGCUCGAGAUUCUGGAAAAGCUUACCGCCCGCGCUGGCCCAUGAUUGUGCUCCGCACGCCAAAGGGCUGGACAGGCCCGCGAAAACUAGACGAUCAUUUCUUGGAGGGUUUCUGGAGGUCACACCAAGUCCCCAUCACUGACGUUUUGGGUAACAAAUCCAGCCUGCAAAAGUUGGAAGAAUGGAUGAAGAGCUAUCAGCCAGACAAACUAUUCGAUGAAGCUGGUGCUUUGAGAUCAGACCUCAAGGACCUAGCGCCCCAGGGGAAGAGGCGAAUGAGCGCAAAUCCCGUUACCAAUGGUGGCGCCCUUACUCACAAGCUCCACCUUCCCGACUGGCGGGAAUAUACGGUGGAGGUGCAGAAUGGAGGAAAGCAAUUGCUUGGGAGUAUGCAGCAGUUUGCAAGUUAUCUCAGAGAUGUCGUUGAGAAGAACCCUACUCAGUUCCGGGUCUUUGGCCCUGAUGAGACUCAGUCCAACAAACUUGGAACGAUUUAUGAGGCUGGAAAAAAGGUGUGGCUGGGAGACUAUCUCGAAGAGGACAAGGACGGAGGCAACCUUGCUUAUGAAGGUAGGGUUAUGGAGAUGCUAUCUGAGCACACUUGCGAGGGAUGGUUGGAAGGUUAUGUUCUCUCUGGUCGGCACGGCCUGUUGAACAGUUAUGAGCCCUUUAUCCACAUCAUCGAUUCUAUGGUCAACCAACAUUGCAAGUGGUUGGAGAAGUGCCUCGAGGUAGAAUGGAGAGUGAAGGUUCCCUCGCUCAACAUCCUGCUCACUUCUACUGUUUGGAGACAAGACCACAAUGGCUUCACCCACCAGGACCCUGGAUUCCUAGACGUAGUCUGCAACAAAAGUCCGGAAGUGGUCCGGAUAUACCUGCCGCCCGACGCGAAUUGUUUGCUAUCUACUAUGGAUCACUGUUUCCGAAGCCAAAGCUACGUAAAUGUGAUCGUGGCGGAUAAGCAAGAGCAUUUGCAAUUCCUAGACAAGGAGCAGGCCAUCGCACACUGCACUAAAGGUGUCGGAAUCUGGGACUUCGCCAGCAACGAUCAAGGUGAAGAACCGGACGUUGUCAUGGCUUCAUGCGGCGACGUCGUCACUCAGGAAGCUUUGGCUGCAACAGCCUUACUUCGUGAACACCUGGCCGACCUCAAAAUUCGAUUCGUCAACGUGGUUGAUCUCUUCAAACUCAUUCCCGACAUUGAUCAUCCACAUGGUAUGUCAGACCGAGAAUUCAAGAGCAUCUUCACCGAAGAUAAGCCUUGCAUUUUCAACUUCCACUCGUACCCCUGGUUGAUCCACCGCCUUACCUAUCGACGCAAAGGUCAGCACAAUCUCCAUGUUAAAGGCUACAGGGAGAAGGGCAACAUCGACACUCCUCUUGAGUUGGCGAUCCGAAAUGGCGCUGAUCGGUUCUCCUUGGCGAUCGAUGCUAUUGACCAGAUACCACACUUAGGCAACAAGGGUACAUCUGCCCGAGAGGCGCUGCUGAACCAACAGAUCAAGGCCAGAAAUUAUUCUUAUCACGAGGGUGUGGACUUGGAGGAGAUGACAAACUGGGUCUGGCCGUAUUGA